AUGUCGGUUGCUCAGGUAAGGCCUUUUUUUUCUCCAUCCUAUAGCUGAUGUUCACCCUGACGACCAGAAAACCUCUAUUCAUGCUAUUUUUGAGUUUGUCCCCAGCUCACAGUCGGUUCCCCAUAACUUCUGGUAGCCAGGAAAUUAUAACUUCAGACCACAUUCAUUUAAAAAAAACAUUUAUGAAGUAUGAAGUAGCCUACAGUCUUCUUGAGCUGAUACAUGGCAGUGAGUGAAGAACAGUUUAUUAGCCUACUGAUUUAUAAAUGACAUAUUAUCCAAUAAUGAACACUAUAUGAAGUACAGCGCUUUCAGAAAGUAUUCACACCCCUUGACUUGUUCCACAUUUUGUUGUGUUACAGCUUGAAUUUAAAAGGAAUUCAAUUGAGAUUUGGUGUCACUGGCCUACACACAAUACCCCAUAAUAUCAAAGUGGAAUUAUGUUUUUAAAAAAUACAAUAAAAAUAAUAAUUAUUAUUAUUAUUAAAAGCUGAAAUGUCUUGAGUCAAUAAGUAUUCAACCCCUUUGUUAAAUAAGUUUAGUAGUAAACAUUUGCUUAACAAGUCACAUGAGUUGCAUAAACUCACUCUGUGUGCAAUAAUAGUGUUUAACAUGAUUUUUGAACGACAACCUCAUCUCUGUACCCCACACAUACAAGUUCCCUCAGUCCAGCAGUGAAUUUAACACAGAUUCGAACACAAAGACCAGGGAGGUUUUCCAAUGCCUUGCAAAGAAGGGCACCUAUUGUUAGAUGGCCAAAAAAAAAAAAAAAACAUAUAUAUUGAAUAUCGGUGCACAAAAUGUUGCAAAGAAAUUAACUUUACGUGCUUCACCUCUUAAUCAGAAAAAUAGUUUGCAACAUACUUCUCCAAUUUACUUCCCCAUUUAGAUUGUACCUGCUGAUUAAAAGUGAAUUAUGUCUGCAUAAAGUAUCAGCAUACACUGAAGACUUUGUUACUGCAUGGAGAUGAAAAUGACUGUGAUAACCAAAGUAGGCUAAUGCUCAAGUUUGAUCAGUGUCAUUGGUCAGAUUCUUCUCUCUCUGUAGUCUGGCAUGGGAUCCCAUGGUUUGGCUCUAGUCCUGGUUUGCUACAAUGACUACAGAGCCUGUUACCGCACCAACAAAGACCCUGUAAGUCACAAAUAUGACCAUAGGGUCGAAGAUACUAACCACAUCCCUCAGAAAUACAUUCUAUUACAUUGAUUACUGCAUUGUUAGGUUUUGGAGCUUGCACAAAAUUCAUUUCACUGUACUUGUGCACGUGACACUAAAACUUGAAACUUGAAAUAAACCACACACAUUGGUCAUAACAAUGAAACUGGUAAUGGGUAGCAGUGACUGAGUCUAUUAUUUAUUAUAUGAAUCACCACUCACCAGGCAAAUACUAGUUGAGAUGGAAAGUUGGAUUUGUAGUCCACUGCAACUCAAGACUAAGUCAAACUAGGCCUGUCUAACAAUUGUACAAAGUUACGAAAGCUGCCAAGUUUAGAGUCAGCAAAGUUAUGUGAGGAGGUGUGGUAAGGGGGCAGGAAAUGGUGUGUUUUGAUUGCACCCUGUCACGCCCUGACUCAGGGGACUUGUAUAUGUUGAGUCAGGGUGUGUAUGUUCUAUGUUUUAUAUUUCUAUGUUGAGAUUCUAGUAUGUCUAGAUCUAUGUUGGCCUGUGUGGUUCCCAAUCAGAGGCAGCUGUCGCUCGUUGUCUCUGAUUGGGGACCAUACUUAGGCAGCCUUUUGGCACUAGUUAGUUGUGGGAUCUUGUUCCGUGUAAGGUAUGUUGUUUGUGUGCUACCUUGGACUUCACGUUUCGUUUGUUGUUUUGGUUGUGUGUUUAUUCGUUAAAUAAACAUGUUGGCAUAUCACGCUGCGCCUUGGUCCGUCCCGUCUAUAAACGAUCGUGACAGAAGAUCCCACCAAACGAGGACCAAGCAGCGUGCCCAGGAAGGGCGUAUAGCGAUGUCACAGGUGGGCAAAUGGUGGUCAUGGGAGGAGAUAUUCGCGGGGAAAGGGCCAUGGGCGAAGGUAAAUGCCCAGGCAGGAGAGGAACGACGGCAACACGGAAGCCGGCCGAGGAGGAGGCCCGAGAAGCAGCCCCAAUAUUUUUUUUGGGGGGGGCUAAAGGGGUGGUCGGGGAGCGAUAGAGAAGAGCCCCGACCACUGCACCCGGUUGGUUUUCGGAUUGGGUCCCUACGACCUUGGGAAGAGGAGUGGGAACAGUACUACACUGAGGAGUCGGAGGAUGACGACGACGACGAGUGUCUGUUCCCUAACUCGUGGGGGAUUCUGAAGGAGUCCUCACAGGAAGAGGAGUGCCGACGACGGAGACCCGAGAGGCAACCCCAAGAAAAUGUUUUGGGGGGGCACACGGUGUGGACGACGAGGCAGCAGGAGGCAGCGACAGGGCGGAUCUGCAGGUUAGGAGAGGAGGCCACCAGGUUAUGGGGGCUAUUGGUUCAGAGAGAGCAGGAGUUAUUAGGUCAGAGGGAGGCGCUACAGGAGGCUAUAAGGGAGAAGGAGAGUGUAGAGGCACGGCGAGAGGAGCUGGUUAGGCAGCAGAAGGAGCAGGGGUUUAUAAAGGAACCCAGUCCCGCUCCUCGCACCAAGCAAGUGGUGCGUGUCGACAGUCCGGUCCGGCCCGUUCCUAUUCCCCGCACUAAGCCAGUGGUGCGUGUUCCCAGUACGGCCCGACCCGUUCCUGCUUCCCGCACUAAGCCAGUGGUGUGUGUUCCCAGUACGGUUCGGUCCGUUCCUGCUCCUCGCAUCAAGCCAGUGGUGCGCGUCGCCAACCCGGUGCGGCCUGUUCCUGCCCCUCGCACCAAACCAGUGGUGCGCGUCGCCAGCCCGGCCCGGCCUGUUCCUGCCCCUCGCACCAAGCCAGUGGUGCGCGUCGCCAGCCCGGCCCGGCCUGUUCCUGCUCCCCGCACCAGGCCAGUGGUGCGCGUCGCCAGUCCGGUACGUCCCGUUCCUGCUCCCCGCACCAAGCUAGAGGUGCGCGUCGCCAGCCCGGUCCGGCCCGUUCCUGCUCCCCGCACCAAGCCAGUGGUGCGUGUGUCCAGUCCGGCAAGGCCCCUGCCUGUUCCACCGGUGCCUGGUCCGGCACCGGUCAGCUGCUCCACUCCGGAGCCAGAGCAAUCCGCUCCACCGGGGUCCAGUCCAGCUCCGGUCAGCGGCUCCACUCCGGAGCCAGAGCAAUCCGCUCCACCGGGGUCCGGUCCAGCUCCGGUCAGCUGCUCCACUCCGGAGCCAGAGCAAUCCGCUCCACCGGUGCCUGAUCCAGCUCCGGUCAGCGGCUCCACUCCGGAGCCAGAGCAGUUCGAUCCACCGUUGUCGGGUCCAGCUCCAGUCAGCGGUUCCAGUCCAGACCCAGACGUCAGCCCCUCUCCAGGUUCAGGUCUCCCACACCAGGGUCCAGACAGGGCUUGGUACAUCGUGGGAGGAAGGAGAGGGGAAGCAGCGCGCCGAGGUCCAGACCAGACCAGGGGCGCAACAGGGAGGCGGAGAGUAAGUGGUCGUCACGCCCUGAGCCGGAUCCGCCUCCGAGGCGGAAUGCCCACCCGGCCCCUACCCUGUUAUGUUUAUGUUGUGCGGUCGGAGUCCGCACCUUUUUGGGGGGGGGGGGGGGGGGGGGUACUGUCACGCCCUGACUCUGAGGACUCUUAUUUGUUGAGUCAGGGUGUGAUUUUCCUUGUUGUGUAUGUUCUAUAUUUCUAUGUUGAGAUUCUAGUAUGUCUAGAUCUAUGUUGGCCUGUGUGGUUCCCAAUCAGAGGCAGCUGUCGCUCGUUGUCUCUGAUUGGGGACCAUACUUAGGCAGCCUAUUGGCACUAGUGGGUUGUGGGAUCUUGUUCCGUAUAAGGUAUGUUGUUUGUGUGCUACCUUGGACUUCACGUUUCGUUGGUUGUUUUGUUAUUCGUUAAAUAAACAUGUUGGCAUAUCACGCUGCGCCUUGGUCCAUCCCGUCCUUCAACGAGCGUGACACACCCUUGAAGAGUGGCCUAAUCAUUUACACGACUGAGCUUGUACUUCAUUACUAAUCAAAGCAAAAACAUGUGUGACGAGGUGUUAAAGAAGGAGUCAGGCGCAGGAGGUAAAAUACCGAAGUCCAGAGUUUAAUCCGUUUGCAUAAAUCAAACGCCCCAAGCGUCAAACGAAACUGUACAAGGGAAAACAUCCAACUUGGCAAUAACACAGUGAAAUGUAGCUCAAACGAGCUACACGCUCUCACAACAAAACAAUCACUCACAAAGACAAGGGGAACAGAGGGAACACUUAUACAUAUACUAAUUAGGGGAAUGAGCACCAGGUGUGUGUGAUUGACAAGACAUGACAAGUGGAGUGAUGAGAAUGGGAUCGGCAGUAGCUAGUACUCCGGUGACGACGAACGCCGAAGCCUGCCCGAACCAGGAGGGGGGGCAGCCUCGGCGGAAGUCGUGACAAGUACCACCCCCCGAUGCGCGGCUCCAGCAGUGCGUCGACCCCGGCCUCGGGGAUGGCCAGGAGCAGGGCGAGUCGGAUGGCGACGGUGGAAAUCCCUCAACAGGGAGGGAUCAAGGAUGUCCCGCCUUGGGACCCAGCACCGUUCCUCUGGACCGUACCCCUCCCACUUCACGAGAUACUGAAGGCCCCCCACCCAACGCCUCGAAUCCAGGAUGGAACGGACCGAGUACGCCGGGGCCCCCUCAAUGUCCAGAGGAGGUGGAGGAACCUCCCGUACCUCAGACUCCUAGAGCGGACCAGCUACCACCGACCUGAGGAGAGACAUGAAACGAGGGGUUAAUACGGUAAUCAGGGGGGAGUAACAACCUGUAUGUCACCUCGUUUAUUCUCCUCAGGACUUUAAAACGGCCCCACAAACCGCGGACUCAGCUUCCGACAGGGCAGGCGGAGGGGCAGAUUCCGGGUCGAGAGCCAGACCCGAUCCCCCGGUACGAACACCGGGGCCUCCCUGCGGUGGCGGUCAGUGUUGGCCUUCUGACGAUGCACGGCGCACUGGAGGCGAACGUGGGCAGCGUCCCAAGUCUCCUCUGCGCGCCGAAACCAGUCAUUUACUGUGGGAGCCUCAGUCUGGCUCUGGUGCCACGGUGCCAGGACCGGUUGGUACCCCAAAACACAUUGGAAGGGUGUUAGGUUAGUGGAGGAGUGGCUGAGAGAGUUCUGAGCAUAUUCUGCCCAUGGCAGGAACACUGACCACUCCCCCGGCCCGUCCUGACAGUAGGUCCGCAGGAACCUACCCACAUCUUGAUUCACCCUUUCCACCUGCCCAUUGCUUUCGGGGUGAAAAACAGAGGUCAGGCUGACCGAGACCCCCAGACGUUCCAUGAACGCCUUCUAGACUCUAGACGUGAACUGGGGAACUCGGUCGGACACUAUAUCCUCUGGUACCCCGUAGUGCCGGAAGACGUGAGUAAACAGAGCCUCCGCAGUUUGUAGGGCCGUGGGGAGACCGGGCAGAGGAAGGAGGCGGCAGGACUUUGAAAAGUGGUUCACAACGACCAGGAUCGUGGUGUUACCUUGGGAGGGGGGAAGAUCAGUGAGAAAAUCAAUACUCAGGUGAGACCAUGAUCGUUGUGGAACUGGUAAAGGUUGUAGCUUACCUGCUGGGAGGUGCCUAGGUGCCUUACUCUGGGCGCACACUGAGCAUAAGGAAACACACAGUGAGGGAAAAAAGUAUUUGAUCCCCUGCUGAUUUUGUACGUUUUCCCACUGACAAAGACAUGAUCAGUCUGUAAUUUUAAUGGUAGGUUUAUUUGAACAGCGAGAGACAGAAUAACAACAAAAAAAUCCAGAAAAACGCAUGUCAAAAAUGUUAUAAAUUGAUUUGCAUUUUAAUGAGGGUAUUAAGUAUUUGACCCCUCUGCAAAACAUGACUUAGUACUUGGUGGCAAAACCCUUGUUGGCAAUCACAGAGGUCAGACGUUUCUUGUAGUUGGCCACCAGGUUUGCACACAUCUCAGGAGGGAUUUUGUUCCACUCCUCUUUGCAGAUCUUCUCCAAGUCAUUAAGGUUUCGAGGCUGACGUUUGGCAACUCAAACCUUCAGCUCCCUCCACAGAUUUUCUAUGGGAUUAAGAUCUGGAGACUGGCUAGGCCACUCCAGGACCUUAAUGUGCUUCUUUUUGAGCCACUCCUUUGUUGUCUUGGCCGUGUGUUUUGGGUCAUUGUCAUGCUGGAAAACCCAUCCACGACCCAUUUUCAAUGCCCUGGCUGAGGGAAGGAGGUUCUCACCCAAGAUUUGGCCCCGUCCUUCAUCCCUUUGAUGCGGUGAAGUUGUCCUGUCCCCUUAGCAGAAAAACACCCCAAAGCAUAAUGUUUCCACCUCCAUGUUUGACGGUGGGGAUGAUUUUCUUGGGGUCAUAGGCAGCAUUCCACCUCCUCCAAACACAGCGAGUUUAGUUGAUGCCAAAGAGCUCGAUUUUGGUCUCAUCUGACCACAACACUUUCACCCAGUUCUCCUCUGAAUCAUUCAGAUGUUCAUUGGCAAACUUCAGACGGCCCUGUAUAUGUGCUUUCAUGAUCAGGGGGACCUUGUGGGCGCUGCAGGAUUUCAGUCCUUCACGGCGUAGUGUGUUACCAAUUGUUUUCUUGGUGACUAUGGUCCCAGCUGCCUUGAGAUCACUGACAAGAUCCUCCCGUGUAGUUCUGGGCUGAUUCCUCACCGUUCUCAUGAUCAUUGCAACUCCACGAGGUGAGAUCUUGCAUGGAGCCCCAGGCCGAGGGAGAUUGACAGUUCUUUUGUGUUUCUUCCAUUUGCGAAUAAUCGCACCAACUGUUGUCACCUUGUCACUAAGCUGCUUGGCGAUGGUCUUGUAGCCCAUUCCAGCCUUGUGUAGGUCUACAAUCUUGUCCCUGACAUCCUUGGAGAGCUCUUUGGUCUUGGCCAUGGUGGAGAGUUUGGAAUCUGAUUGAUUGAUUGCUUCUGUGGACAGGUGUCUUUUAUGCAGGUAACAAGCUGAGAUUAGGAGCACUCCCUUUAAGAGUGUGCUCCUAAUCCCAGCUCGUUAACUUUAUAAAAGACACCUUGGAGCCAGAAAUCUUUCUGAUUGAGAGGGGGUCAAAUACUUAUUUCCCUCAUUAAAAUGCAAAUCAAUUUAUAACAUUUUUGACAUGCGUUUUUCUGGAUUUUUUUGUUGUUAUUCUGUCUCUCACUGUUCAAAUAAACCUACCAUUAAAAUUAUAGACUGAUUAUUUCUUUGUCAGUGGGCAAACGUACAAAAUCAGCAGGGGAUCAAAUACUUAUUUCCCUCACUGUACACUCUCACGUCCUUAGCCAAGGUAGGCCACCAGUACUUCUCGGUCAGGCAGCGCAUUGUACGACCGAUACCUGGAUGACCAGAGGAGGGUGACGUGUGUGCCCAGUAGAUCAGCCGAUCACGGAUAAGCGCAGGCACGUACUGCAUUCCAGCUGGACACUGCGGUGGAGAUGGAUCUGUGCGUAAUCCCUGCGCUAUAUCUGCAUCCAUCGCCCAUACUACCGGCGCCACAAUGCAUGAAGGGUGUUUCGCCCCUUCGAGCCAAUGUCUCCACACCGUCAAAGCUCGGACAACAGCCAACAGCUCCCGAUCACCAACGCCGUAGUUCUGCUCAGCCGAGCUGAGCUUCUUAGAAAAGAAGGCACAGGGGUGGAGCUUGGGUGGCGUGCCCGAGCGUUGGGAUAAGACAGCUCCUAUCCCUAUCUCGGACGCAUCCACAUCCACUACGAACGGUAGUGAUGAAUCGGGGUGAGCCAGUACCAGGGCUGAGGUGAACAGACCCCGCAAUCUACUGAAUGCCAAAUCAGCCUCAGCAGACCAGCGGAGCCGGAACAGCCCACCCUUCAACAAGGAGGUAAUGGGAGCUGCGACCUUGCCAAAACCCAGAAUAAACCUUCGAUAGUAGUUGGCAAAGCCAAGGAAGCGCUGCACCUCCUUUACCGUGGUUGGAGUCGGCCAAUUACGCACGGCUGCAAUCGGUCUCCCUCCAUCUCCACACCUGUGGUGGUAAUGCGAUAUCCGAGGAAGGAGAUUGACUGCUGGAAAAAACUCACACUUCUCUGCCUUGGCAUAAAUAUAAUUUUCCAGCAGUCGGACCAGUACUUUGUGAACCAGGGACACAUGCUUGGCGCGCGUAGCGGAAUACACCAGGAUGUCAUCGAUGUAGACCACCACACCACGACCAAGCAUGUCCCGAAACACCUCGUUCACAAAGGACUGGAAAACGGAUGGAGCAUUCAUCAAACCGUAGGGCAUCACCAGGUAUUCAUAAUGCCCCGAGGCUGUGCUGAAUGCUGUUUUCCACUCAGCCCAUUCCCGAAUACGCACCAGGUUGUAGGCACUCCUGAGGUCUAAUUUGGUGAAAAAACGGGCCCCAUGCUUUGACUCAACCACUGAAGGAAUGAAGGGAAGAGGAUAACUAAAUCGUACCGUCACAUUAUUCAGUGGUCGAUAAUCAAUGCACGGGCGUAAACCGCCAUCUUUCUUCUUCACAAAGAAGAAACUCGAGGAGGCAGGUGAAGUGAAGGGACGUAUAUACCCCUGGCGCAGGGACUCGGUGAUGUAUAUUUCCAUAGCCUCCGUUUCAGCCUGCGACAGGGGAUACACAUGACUCCUGGGAGGUACAGCGUCUACCCGAAGGUUUAUCACGCAAUCCCCCUCCCGAUGAGGUGGUAAUUUAGUCGCUUGUGUCUUGGAAAACGCGAGCGCCAGAUCUUGGUAUUCGGGGGGAAUGCGCACGGUGGGGUUACCGUCUGGACUUUCCACCGUGGUCUCACCAACGGAAACACCUAGACACCUACCCGGACACUCAUGCGACCACCCUGUAAGAACCCUCUGCGGCCAUGAGAAAUUGGGGUUGUGAAGGGCUAACCACGGGAUACCCAAGACUACAGGGUAAGCAGGAGACUCAAUAAUCAUAAAGGUGAUCUGCUCAACAUGUGUCUCCUGCGUAAUCAUGGUGACUGGUACAGUAACUUCCUUAACCAACUCGGACUGGUCGACUAUCUAGUGCUCUGAUGGGGAGUGGAAUGGUUAGGGGAACCAAUGAAAUGCCUUGACGGUGUGCAAAUGCCCUGUCCAUAAAAUUCCCAGCUGCGCCUGAAUCGACUAGCGCCUUACACUGGGAACCUACCAAGUGAUCUGAAAAGGAGAUAGAUAAAGUACAGUGCGCCGCAAAGGGCUCUGAACACGUUUGGGUGUUCAUUACCUGGGGUGAUGCGUGAGUACCCUGCCUACCGCCUCCAGACCCAAAAUAAUGUUGACUCCUGCGCUCUCUCGAGCGGCGGCUACCCCCAGCUCCAUCUGUCGUCCGGAGUGGGAACGGGCAGACCCCUACCAGGACGUCCUCUGGCUGUCCAGCCGGAUGGCCAUGUCCACCAGUUGGGAGAACGAUAGCAUGGCAUCCCGGCAGGCUAGCUCCCGUCGGACGUCCUCCCUUAGGUGGCACCGGAAAUGGUCUAUCAGGGACCGCUCGUUCCACCUGGACCCCGCUGCCAUUGUCCGGAACUCCAGCGCGUAGUCCUGAGCGGUCCUCGUCCCCUGCCUUAGAUGAACCAGACGUUUGCCCGCCUCUUGACCCUCAGGCGGGUGAUCAAAAACGGCCCGAUAGAGGCGAGCAAACUCCCCGUAGUUCACCAACAUGGAACCUCCCUCGUUCCAUACCGCGUUGGCCCACUCCAGGGCUCUCCCACAAAGGCAGGAAACGAAGACAGAUACCUUCUCCCGUUCCCGGGGCUCCGGUCUGAUGCUGGAGAAAUACAACUCCAGUUGGAGUAGGAAUCCCUUACAUCGCGCUGCAGUCUCAUUUGCAUAAAUCAAACGCCCCAAGCGUCAAAUGAAACUGUACAAGGGAAAACAUCCACCUUGGCAAUAACACAGUGAAAUGUAGCUCAACCGAGCUACACGCUCUCACAACAAAACAAUCACUCACAAAGACAAGGGGAACAGAGGGAACACAUAUACUAAUUAGGGGAAUGAGCACCAGGUGUGUGUGAUUGACAAGACAUGACAAGUGGAGUGAUGAGAAUGGGAUCGGCAGUAGCUAGUACUCCGGUGACGACAAACGCAGAAGCCUUGCCCGAACCAGGAGGGGGAGCAGCCCCGGCGGAAGUCGUGACAACAUGUUCCUGUGAAUGUUUGCCAUUUUUCCAUUUUCAUGUUGGAAAAAGUGCAACUCCAGCAGUGUGACUAACAGCAAACAUGUCAAUAUUUAUGGAAAACAGCACACUUUCUUUCUGGUCUGUUCAAUCAAACCUGUUAAUCCUUUAAAAAUAGAACAAUAACAUUCAAAAAUCACUACUUAAAGUUUAUUCACUCCAGAAAUCCCAAAACAUAGUUUCAUCAUUAUCCUAUAAGCAGCAGAUACACUACAGACAAAGAGACUCAGUCACCCCUCUCCUGUGGUUUGUGCUGUGCAGGUGAGGAGCCAGGGGGUGGCUGAUGAGUUACGCUGCCUGGGGCUCCUGAAUGCCCUGGAGAAAGACCAGGAGAUACCCGACUCUCUGGUCCAACUGUUUGGGGAGCCUUGCAUACAACUGGCUGAGGGAUUCAGGGCCUAUAUCACCAAAGUGGGUAUCAUUUCUUAGUUACACACUCAUUGUUCAUUAGAUGAUUGUAAUAAACAAGCAAACUAUUCAUAUACAGUGGGGAGAACAAGUAUUUGUGUCACGAAUUCCGCCGAGGCUGCUCCUCCUCCUUGUUCGGGCAGGCUUCGGCGUUCGUCGUCCCCGGAGUACUAGCUGCCACCGUUUGAUGUUAUCUAUGUUUGUUUGGUUUUGUCUGUUUAGUGCACCUGUUCCUUAUCACGUCUUGAUUAUGUCACCUAUAAGUUUCCUUUGGUUUUGUUUGUAGUUGUGUGUCGUUGUACGCCUGUCGUUUGGUGUAGGUUGUUUGUUUGCUUAUUGUUACUGCUGUUCGCACUUUACGCACUGUUUUGCGUAUUCGCUCGCCUCCUGUUUAUGAGGCCCGUUUGGAUUGUUCUUUGCUCCUGUGACUAUUAAAAGUCGGAUCGACUAAGCUUCUGUGUCCUGCGCCUGACUCCAACACCACAUCCACAUCAGCCCUUGACAAUUUGAUACACUGCUGAUUUUGCAGGUUACAAAGCAUGUAGAGGUCUGUAAUUUUUAUCAUAGGUACACUUCAACUGUGAGAGACUGAAUCUAAAACAAAAAUCCAGAAAAUCGCAUUGUAUGAUUUUUAAGUAAUUAAUUUGCAUUUUAUUGCAUGACAUAAGUAUUUGAAACAUCAGAAAAGCAGAACUUAAUAUUUGGUACAGAAACCUUUGUUUGCAAUUACAGAGAUCAUACGUUUCCUGUAGGUCUUGACCAGGUUUGCACACACUGCAGCAGGGAUUUUGGCCCACUCCUCCAUACAGACCUUCUCCAGAUCCUUCAGGUUUCGGGGCUGUCGCUGGGCAAUACGGACUUUCAGCUCCCUCCAAAGAUUUUCUAUUGGGUUCAGGUCUGGAGACUGGCUAGGCCACUCCAGGACCUUGAGAUGCUUCUUACGGAGCCACUCCUUAGUUGCCCUGGCUGUGUGUUUCGGGUCGUUGUCAUGCUGGAAGACCCAGCCACGACCCAUCUUCAAUGCUCUUACUGAGGGAAGUAGGUUGUUGGCCAAGAUCUCGCGAUACAUGGCCCCAUCCAUCCUCCCCUCAAUACGGUGCAGUCGUCCUGUCCCCUUUGCAGAAAAGUAUCCCCAAAGAAUGAUGUUUCCACCUCCAUGCUUCACGGUUGGGAUGGUGUUCUUGGGGUUGUACUCAUCCUUCUUCUUCCUCCAAACACGGCGAGUGGAGUUUAGACCAAAAAGCUCUAUUUUUGUCUCAUCAGACCACAUGACCUUCUCCUAUUCCUCCUCUGGAUCAUCCAGAUGGUCAUUGGCAAACUUCAGACGGGCCUGGACAUGCGCUGGCUUGAACAGGGGGACCUUGCGUGCGCUGCAGGAUUUUAAUCCAUGACGGCGUAGUGUGUUACUAAUGGUUUUCUUUGAGACUGUGGUCCCAGCUCUCUUCAGGUCAUUGACCAGGUCCUGCCGUGUUGUUCUGGGCUGAUCCCUCACCUUCCUCAUGAUCAUUGAUGCCCCACGAGGUGAGAUCUUGCAUGGAGCCCCAGACCGAGGGUGAUUGACCGUCAUCUUGAACUUCUUCCAUUUUCUAAUAAUUGCGCCAACAGUUGUUGCCUUCUCACCAAGCUGCUUGCCUAUUGUCAUGUAGCCCAUCCCAGCCUUGUGCAGGUCUACAAUUGUAUCCCUGAUGUUCUUACACAGCUCUCUGGUCUUGGCCAUUGUGGAGAGGUUGGAGUCUGUUUGAUUGAGUGUGUGGACAGGUGUCUUUUAUACAGGUAACGAGUUCAAACAGGUGCAGUUAAUACAGGUAAUGAGUGGAGAACAGGAGGGCUUCUUAAAGAAAAACUAACAGGUCUGUGAGAGCCGGAAUUCUUACUGGUUGGUAGGUGAUCAAAUACUUAUGUCAUGCAAUAAAAUGCAAAUUAAUUACUUAAAAAUCAUACAAUGUGAUUUUCUGGAUUUUUGUUUUAGAUUCCGUCUCUCACAGUUGAAGUGUACCUAUGAUAAAAAUUACAGACCUCUACAUGCUUUGUAAGUAGGAAAACCUGCAAAAUCGGCAGUGUAUCAAAUACUUGUUCUCCCCACUGUACCUACGAUGUUUCUAGAAGUGUUACAUACACAUGGUUAUAUAAUUCUUAACAAGGGAGAGAGAUAUAGCAUUAAUAUUUGCACACAUAAGAUGCUGUGUAGGCUAUUGACUUUUCAGAGCUCAGAACUUAGUCCAGUGAUGGAAUUCUUCAGAACCUUACGUACCAACAAUUUCUUCUCUAAUGCAUCACCCUCAUUAGCAUUGUUGUUUAUAGACGGCUAAUCUCAGCUUGACCCCAAAUAUUAGACAGAGCUCCUCUCCGGAUAUGAGCUUUCCUGUACCCAUGAUCCACAUUGCAUCAUACUCAAUUCUCUAUAGUCUAUAACCUUGGCAGUGUCUGAUUCAGUACUAAUUGAGUAAAGCUGUAAGUUGUGCGCAGCCAAGAAAGACAGUAUUAUCUGUCAUGGUCUCUUUCUGUCAUAGAUCAUAGUCAAGGGCUGGGUUGGGUGGGAGUAGCAGUUGAGAGUGCAUGGUGAUUUCAGCUUCAAAGCGCACAGAGGUUUUUCACUAUUUCAUUGAAAAACCAAUCUAGGCAUAACAAGUCAGUCACACAUCUGGCCUGUCUACUCCAUGUAUUUUUCUGUGAAACCUAGGAAGAGCAAGUGAGACUACUGACUGGGAUGUGUCCAGGUCCCAUUAAAAUGUGUACCCUCUCUACUUUGUCAACAGAGCUUGUAAAUCCAGAAUUGUGUUCAACAUGAAAUUGGAAUGACAAAGAUUGCUCAACAGGAAUGCUGCAUGCAUGUCAUAGGCCGUACUAUGCUCAGUCCUGCAAUGUGUGUUCAUUAUUGGGGUCUAUGCCACAUGUAAUUUUUUGGGGGGGUCUUUCAGGUGACAGAAAGUAGUAUUUCAAAACACACCUUCCCAGGUAAUCAUCCAUCAUCAUCAUAGCAUGCAUGUCUUAUCUAUCCAAUAUCCACUUCUUUUGCUACCAUUCUCUCACUGCUAUGUUCCUUUUCAGAGCGCAGAGACGAACCAAGCCAGUCAGUGCUGCUGGGCAUCAGAAGCCCUCUGCUCACCUCACACUCCGAGACAGUGGCUUACAUGGUAUUUUUUUUAUUAUUUGUUUUUUAUGUUCUAAAUUGUUUUUUUCUUCUAUUUUUUUAUAUCUUUAGUCAUUUAGCAGACGCUCUUGUUACAGGAGCAAUUAGGGUUAAGUGCCUUGCUUAAGGGCACAUCGACAGAUUUUUCACCUAGUCGGCUCGGGAUUAGAACCACACAACGCUCUUACCCACUAAGCUACCUGCCAGUAUGUGAGUCUAGUGGUUUGUGCUUGCUUGUUCUUUUGGAGGGACACUCACUUUUGUCAGCAUUUCUAUAAUAUCUUUCAUCUAAUGUAAUGUCCUGUUUUUAUGAUGGAAAUAAAUUGCAGAAUGUCAGUAAAUUUCAACAGUAUAGCUUUAAAAACACUUUAGCUAUACAGUUGAAGUUGGACGUUUACAUACACCUUAGCCAAAUACAUAUAAACUCAGUUUUUCACAAUUCCUGACAUUUAAUCCUAGUAAGAAUUCCAUGUCUUAGGUCAGUUAGGAUCACCACUUUAUUUUAAGAAUGUGAAAUGUCAGAAUAAUAGUAGAGAGAAUGAUUUAUUUCAGCUUUUAUUUAUUUCAUCACAUUCCCAGUGGGUCAGAAGUUUACAUACACUCAAUUAGUAUUUGGUAGCAUUGCCUUUAAAUGGUUUAACUUGGGCCAAACGUUUCGGGUAGCCUUCCACAAGCUUCCCACAAUAAGUUGAGUGAAUUUUGGCCCAUUCCUCCUGACAGAGCUGGCGUAACUGAGUCAGGUUUGUAGGCCUCCUUGCUCGCACACGCUUUUUCAGUUCUGCCCACAUAUUUUCUAUAGGAUUGAGGUCAGGGCUUUGUGAUGGCCACUCCAAUACCUUGACUUUGUUGUCCUUAAGCCAUUUUGCCACAACUUUGGAAGUAUACUUGGGGUCAUUGUCCAUUUGGAAGACCCAUUUGCGACCAAGCUUUAACUUCCUGACUGAUGUCUUGAGAUGUUGCUUCAAUAUAUCCACAUAAUUUUCCUUCCUCAUGAUGCCAUCUAUUUUGUGAAGUGCACCCGUCCCUCCUGCAGCAAAGCACCCCCACAGCAUGAUGCUGCCACCCCCAUGCUUCACGGUUGGGAUGGUGUUCUUCGGCUUGCCAGCCUUCCCCUUUGUCCUCCAAACAUAACGAUGGUCAUUAUGGCCAAACAGUUCUAUUUUUGUUUCAUCAGACCAGAGGACAUUUCUGCAAAAAGUAUGAUCUUUGUCCCCAUGUGCAGUUGCAAACUGUAGUCUGGCCUUUGUAUGGCGAUUUUGGAGCAGUGGCUUCUUCCUUGCUGAGCGGCCUUUCAGGUUAUGUCGAUAUAGGACUCGUUUUACUGUGGAUAUAGAUAUUUUGUACCUGUUUCCUCCAGCAUCUUCACAAGGUCCUUUGCUGUUGUUCUGGGAUUGAUUUUCACUUUUCGCACCAAAGUACGUUAAUCUCUAGGAGACAGAACGCGUCCCCUUCCUGAGCGGUAUGACGGCUGCGUGGUCCCAUGGUGUUUAUACUUGCGUACUAUUGUUUGUACAGAUGAACGUGGUACCUUCAGGCAUUUGGAAAUUGCUUCCAAGGAUGAACCAGACUUGUGGAGGUCUACAAUUUUAUUUCUGAGGUCUUGGCUGAUUUCUUUUGAUUUUCCCAUGAUGUCAAGCAAAGAGGCACUGAGUUUGAAGGUAGGCCUUGAAAUACAUCCACAGGUACACUUCCAAUUGACUCAUAUUAUGUGAAUUAGCCUAUCAGAAGCUUCUAAAGCCAUGACAUCAUUUUCUGGAAUUUUCCAAGCUGUUUAAAGGCACAGUCAACUUAGUGUAUGUAAACUUCUGACCCACUGGAAUUGUGAUACAGUUCAUUAUAAGUGAAAUAAUCUGUCUGUAAACAAUUGUUGGAAAGAUUACUUGUGUCAAGCACAAAGUAGAUGUCCUAACCGACUUGCCAAAACUAUAGUUUGUUAACAAGAAAUUUGUGGAGUGGUUGAAAAACGAGUUUUAAUGACUCCAAACUAAGUGUAUGAAACCUUACGACUUCAACUGGAUCAAGCAUCUGCAAAGACCAUCUGAACAAAUAAAGGUGUGGCAUCAUUCAUCUCAUCUCCACAUCCAAUUCACUCAAACUGCAGCAUGAUCUCACAUAAACCUCAGACUUCAAAGACAAGGUGCCGUUUUCAUAUUCAGAUCACCACCAGCAGUCUGUCUGAUCAUACAGCCAAGAACGCACUAAUGUCCUUGUGAAUGAAUACGUCAGAACAGCUGCUACUGAUUUGCUUCUUGUCUGAAUUAUUUGACUUUUCUCCCAUCCAAUCAAACGACUGUUUCCCUGCUGCACUCAUUUCGUCAAAGAUAAAGAAAUUAUUGUUAAAGGAAUCCAACCAUAUGUACAAUGCCUAGUGAAAGUCUACACACCCCUUGCACAUUCUUAACAUUUUGCUGCCUUAAAAUUAAAAUUUAAAAAAUAUUCAAUUCGAUUUUUUGUUCACGCCGAUGUACACAACCUUCUCCACAUUUCCAAAGUGAAAGGAACAUUAUAAGAAAAAUGCCUAAUUAAUGAAAGAUAAAAAACGCAGAUGUCUUGAUUGCUUAUGUCUUCAGACCCCAGAGUUUAUACUUGGUGAAAGCACUUUUGGCAGCCAUUACAGCUGUGAAACAUUAUGAAUAAGAUUCUACCAACUUUGCACAACUCUUAGGGCAACAUAAACUACAUGACCAAAAUUAUGUGGACACCUGCUCGUCGAACUGCUUAAUUCAAAAUCAUGGGCAUUCAUAUGGAGUUGGUCCCCCCUUUGCUGCUAUAACAGCCUCCACUCUUCUGGCUCGCAGUUGGUGUUCCAAUUCAUCCCAAAGGUGUUCAAUGGGGUUGAGGUCAGGGCUCUUUGCGGUCCAGUGAAGUUCUUCCACCUAUCUCGACAAACCGAGGACAGACGAUUUUUACGCGCUACGCGCUUCAGCACUCAGUGGUCCCAUUCUGUGAGCUUGUGUGGCCUACCACGUCACGGCUGAGCCGUUGUUGCUCCUAGAUGUUUCCACUUCACAAUAACAGCACUUACAGUUGACCGGGGCAGCUCUAGCAGGGCAGAAAUUUGACAAACUGACUUGAUGGAAAGGUGGCAUCCUAUGACGGUGCCAUGUUGAAAGUCACUGAGCUCUUCAGUAAGGCCAUUGUACUGCCAAUGUAUGUCUAUGGAGAUUGCAUGGCUGUGUGCUCAAUUUUAUACACCUGUCAGCAACAUGUGUGGCUGAAAUAGCCAAAUCCACUAAUAUGGAGGGGUGUCCACAUACUUCUGUAUGUAUAGUGUAUAUCCAUUGUUUUUGUCAAAAUUGCUCAAGCUCAGUAAAUUUGGUUGGGAGUCAUUGAUGGACAAUGCAGAUUUAAGUCAGGACUGAGACUGGAGUAUUCAGGAACACUCAACAGCUAUUGCAAAGCCAUUCUGAUGUGUAUUUGGCAUUCAAAUAUAAUUGUCCCACUGAAAAAUACAACUCUAUCCCAAGGUUAGGUAUUCAAAAGGCUGAGCCAGGGUUUCCUCUAACAUUUUACCUGGGCUUUGCUCCUUUCAUAUUUAUUUUGAUCCUGACACUCCAGUCCCUGCCGGUUGCAAGCAUAACCAUAACAUGACAAUACUUAAAAAUACAGAGUAUCAACAACAUUGCAUUCACUCUAAAUUACAGGCCUGUAUGACAAAUUAAAAAGAAUGAAGCCUGUGUUUUAAAAAAUCCACUCCAAAUCAUCCAUUCUGUUUUUCAACAAGGCCGUUAAGCAAUGCUGCAAAACAACAAGGCAAAUAAAUUAACUUUUUGGCCUAAAUGAAAAACUACAGGCUGUGGUCACAUCCAAUACAACACAACACAGAGUGAAACCCUCUGUAUUUUCAAGUAUUGUGGUCACAGCAUCAUGUUAUGGGUAUGCUUGUCACCGGCAGGGACUGGGGAGUGAAUAGAAAUAUGAAAGGAGCAAAGCACAGGUAAAAAGUUAGAGGAAAAUCCGCCUCAGUCUUCUGAAAACCUAACCCUGGUAUUUGGUUUUAUUUUUCAGUGGGUCAAUUACACAAUUUUGAAUGCCCAAAACACACCAGAUAGGCUUUUCCGAGAGGUGUUGAGUGGUCCUGAGUGGUCCAGCCUCAGUCCUGAGUUAAAUUUGCUUGAAAAUCAGGAGACAAGGUUUGAAUAUUGCCAUCCAUCAAUGACUCCCAAUCGAAUAUAGUUAUCUUGAGCAAUUUUUACAAAAACAAUGGGAAAAUGUUCCCCUAAGAGUUGUGCAAAGUUGGUAGAAUCUUAUUCAAAAUGAUUCACAGAUGUAAUGGCUGCCAUGUGACAACAUGCAAUCAAGAUGUAUUUUUUUAAUUAUAAUUCUGAAUUUGGAAAAUGUCCAAUCAUUUCUCUUUCACUUUGAAAAUGUGGAAUAGGUUGUUGAGAUUGGUAGAAAAACCCUGUGAAUGUAUUCCCUUAUGAGGCAGCAAAAUGUGAAAACUGUGCAAGGGGUGUGUAGACUUUCACCAGUGACUGUAGGCCUUUUCAUAUUUGAGUCUACAGUAGUACUGCUUUGAAUUAAAUGUCUGUAUUGACAUACAUAUAGCUUCCUUUUUCCUCCCUAUAGGCCCUAUAUCCCUGGCCCCUCAGAAAGACUUGCAUCAGUCCUGCCUCCACCCGGUCCGGUCCUGGGGCAAGCAGGGCUUUGGCUCCCAUCUCCACAACAUGACCCUGUCUCAUGGACGCCUCCGCAUCCCCCAGUCCGGACGUUAUUACCUGUAUGCCCAGGUGUACUUCCGCUACCCCUCCCUCACUCACGAGGGGGGUGACCCCCAUAUGGGCACCUCCAGCUACCAGCUGGUCCAGUGUGUUUACAAGAAGACGUCAUACGCCAGGCCCAUUCAGCUGCUGAAGGGGGUGGGCACCAAGUGCUGGGCGCCUGAAACUGAGUAUGCCCUCCACUCUGUCUACCAGGGAGGCCUGUUUGAGCUGCGUGCCAGGGAUGAGAUCUUUGCCUCUGUGUCGUCACCUACAGCUGUGCACGCAGAGGACUCAUCCAGCUAUUUUGGGGCGUUCCAGUUUGACCAAUGA